AUAUAAGCGUUAAUAUAAAAUGUUUCUUUCAUAACGAUAGCGCAACACUUUAUAACCAUCGAUACUAUAACCAAUUAUUGCAUUGUAUAUUUUAUAGUUGUUGGAAAGAAGGAUCUUUAUAUUGUGUAUAAGUUCAAGAAUCAAGAUGCCAGAGAACAAGAUAUACCAAAUUAACCUGCAGGAGCUUAUUGAAAAAUAUGCAUGGGACUGUUUUCAAGACGAUAUGGGGUUUAUAAGGGGCAUUUUCAACAGAAAGCCUAAAUUUUACUUCGACAUACGCUGGGGAUACCUCGAUUUCUCACACAGGACUGAGAGUAAAGAGAGACCGGUGACCGGAAAAGUGAAUCAGAGAAACGUGGAGUUGUAUUAUUCGGAGUACGAGAAUAAAACCAACACAAAACAGAGCUACACGUUUUCAACAUCAAGGGAGACUACUGCGACUACUAGGAUUGAGCUGCAGGAGAACUACACUAUUGGUGCUGAAACUAAUUUGGAAGUGGAUCUAGCGGGUAUUGUUAAGUUUGGGGGUGGAGUGAAUGGGUCCUUGUCGGUGACUGAAACCAAAGGCCAAGAGUUUACCGAGACUCUCACUUGGAAUAUCGAUACAAACGUUGUGGUCCCGCGCUGGAAUCGCGCCCGUGCAACGUUGUUCGUUUAUGAACAACCCUCAAUACUUGACUUCACUGUAACUACGACCCUUUCAUUGCCAAAGACAUCUCUACCAGUUUCUAUAAGACGAAAACGAGAUGACAAAAUCGUGAAGACGUACUACAUUAUGAACCUUAACGCAAUAUUCGCCGAAUUCAAUAAAAAGCAUAUUAAGAAAGAUGAAAGCACACCUAUAAAAAUUGAGACAAGGCCGGUAGAAGGGAGUUCGAUAGAUGAAGUUAUAGCUGUGAUUACUUCCCGUGGCACGUGUAAAAAUGUCUCUUGGAAAAACCAGCAUGUGCGAGUACAGUGUACGCCGAUAGAGAGUGCAUUCGCCGAAAAUGAGAUGGAGCAAUGCGAACUGUUGGAAGAUGACUGACAACGAGAAUAGUAAUGUUAUCAUCACAGAAAAUACUUUGAUUACAGAUACAUAGAAAAUAAUGAGAAAAUAAUAGUUUUAUAUCACUAUUGUUUUGAAACGUGCAAUCGUUCAAGGCUAAAAAGAAUGUUCUCAUGCAAAUACAUCUAAAUUGUCAAACAAGUUUAAAUCGUUGAAACAUGGCUAAGUACUUUGACAAUUUUUCGGUUUGAAGCAGUUCUGGUAUGGAAUAGUCUACCAAACGAAUAACGUACAACCACAGACUUCAAAGAGUUCUAAAGACUGAUCAUUACUGAGUGGUUGCAGAUGUUCUAUCAGAGCGUAGCUUACCCCCUAUUCAUGUGGAUUCAUAAUUGUGCUAGUGGGUCCGGGAGCAUUUUUUAAAACAACGGUGCAAUCUGGUGCAUUCUGGGCGUUCUCAGGUGCUUUAUUUAGUACUGAAAAAUGGACAGUUUUAGGAUCAUGUAAUCAAGUACGCAUACUGCAACAUUGGCUGUUUUUGUCAGAAUCAUAUGGAUUCAGCCGCGUACUCGCGUAUAGGCAGCUGCGCGCCUGUCUCAACCACUGUUUUGUUGUUUAACACUUUGCGUAUGUCCAAGCUUUAUUCAUUGUUCCACCGUUUCCUUAGUUUGUUAUUCUACAAUUGCUUGUAGAGCCAAUAGCUUGUAUAGCUGUCUUUCCUGUAUUAUCUGCAUGCCUAGAGUGGUUUAGUUUUAAAAUGUACCUUUUCAUGUUUCUAUUUUUAUGUUUUAUAUUUCAUGUUUGUAAAACAACAAUUUUAUUUUUCUUAUCUUUUUAAUAUGCUUAUGGAUGCCAUUUAGUUUUAGUUUAAUUGAGUUUAUGUGUGAUAUGCAUGCCUAGUAUAGUUCAAUCGAAAGCAUGCCUUUUAGUUCGCUCCACACUUUUAUAAUAUAGUAUUUACUCGUAUAUACUAUUUGUAUACAUUUUCUAUUAUAUUUUACAAACAUAUUUAUAUAUCUUUUAAGAUCUGUAUAAUUAUUAUAAAACAUUGAUAGAUACGGUAAUCUAGCGACAUACCGCAAACCGUCAUGAUUUUAUUCGCACCUACAA